AUGGCAAUAGAUCCCCUUGAUAGACUUUUUCAAGCUUCUAAUAAAAUUGCUUCUUUAAAUUUUCGACAGAGUUAUGGUCGUGUGGGUGCCUUACUUGACCAAGACGUCAGUCAAACCUGUAUUCGUGAUGCUGCAACUCACGAGAGAAAACUAUUUACGACGGACGAUGAAGGGCUGCCAAAAUUUAAUGAAAGACCUACUUUUGAACCGCCAACUCCUCUUCGAGCACCUGGUCCCUUAACUGUCGAUAAGCUGAUACGAGGUGCAAAUGUAUUAGCUCAGAUAUGUGAUUUAGAAGAUGCCAAAUCAUAUAUAUCGAAAUUAUAUCAACGUCAUGAAGAGAUUACAUCGUCAAUUGACAGUCUGGAAUCAAUUGGGAAAAAACAAAAAUUAGAUUUAGAAAGGAUUAGAGCUCUUCGUCAAAGUGUUGAACCAAGGGACAAUUUAACAAAUUCAAGUCAACAAUUGGAUUCUGAAAGUUUCGCCGAAGAAAUACAAUAUGAGCAAAGAGAAAUACUUGCUUUGGAGUCUCUAAUCGAAGAACACAGUGAAAUGUUGGAUCUACUCGAGUCAAGAUUACAAAAUGAAAAACAAGAAUCCGAAGAGAUCAAUAUCAAUUCAAGCGAUUCAAUAGAACAAUUACAGAAAUUAUCACAUCUUAGAGAACAGCUUGAAUUCAAACAUGAAACUUUGCAGCAGUUAGAUAACCCUAUGGCCGCACUUUCUACUUCCGCAUACAUGAAUGUAGACGCACAGCUAAUUAGGACAAGCGAAAGUCCCACUUAUGAGGGGGAUGAGGAAGGAGAAUUUGGCCGUUUGAAGUUAAAAUACGAAUCAAUUGUGACCAAAACAGAUGCGCCUUUCAGCAAUCAAAAUCCGGAGCAACUUAACCGAAUUCAGCAUGUCAUGUCAACUGCAGUGGGAACAUUGCAACAGCUAUUGGACGUUCGCGAACGAUAUGAAUUACUGAAUUUGGAUCUUGACCUCAUAAGGGAAAUAAAUAGUACACUAGUUGAUAAUGUUGUAGAAUUUCAAAAAGAUAAUUUUCCUGAGUUACUCGACAAUAUUCCCACGCCACAGAUUACCUUGUCCGCGAUAAUUCUUCAAAUUAUCCGCGAUGAAGGCGGAGAAUUAUCAUUUGCUGAGCUCAAGGAUAGAAUUAGCAAUCUAGCUCGUCAACGGGAAAUGUCAGAGUUUGAGGAAAUGGGAAUCAAUGCUGUUUACACGCUCGUCGCUAAUCGAUUAAUAAUCAUUGAUCGUUCUGAGAAAACCAAUCCUGUGAGAGCUAACAUUUGGAGUAUAUGA